UUGCGGACCCCUACAAUGAUUCAGCCCCACCUGGACAUGAAACCCUUCCUGCAAUUCCCCAUGGAUACUGCCCCUCCUCCGCACAGCAUGAGCCUCUUCCACAACUUCAACACGAUGGAUCCAGUGCAGAAGGCUGUGAUCAACCACACGUUUGGAGUUCCACUGAUCAAGACCAAGCGGCCAGUCAUCUCCUGUAACGUCUGCCAGAUCCGCUUCAACUCAGAGAGUCAGGCAGAAGCCCAUUACAAAGGAAACCGGCAUGCCAGGAGAGUGAAAGGCAUCGAGACCUCUAAGAGUCGCCCUCAGGAGGGGGACAAGCCUCAGACUGUACCCCCCACCUCCUCCCCGUCCCCGCCCGGCGCCCCUGGCACUGCCCUAGACACCGAGCCAAACAAAGCGGAUGAAACACAGACUCUAUCACAAUUAAACGGGUCCCUGCUGGCCCCGGGGCCCCUUCCCCCUCUUACCACCCCGCCUACCCCACCCCUGGACUCUCCUAUGCCCUCGGUGUGCCCCCUCCUGCCCACCCCGACUCCUCUCCUGAACCCCCCUUCUUCAUCCUCCCCAGGCUGCGGCUUUAACAGCGCCAGCUCAGAGCAGCCUGGAUCUGGACCCCCUGUUUCGGGAGCCGCCGGCACCACAGCGUCCAGCCCGUCCAAUCAGGAGACGGAGGAGGACAAGGCCAAGAAGCUGCUGUACUGCUCACUUUGCAAGGUGGCUGUCAAUUCCCUGUCACAGCUGGAGGCCCACAACAAAGGUACCAAACACAAAACUAUACUGGAGGCACGUAGCGGGCUGGGCCCCAUCAAGGCGUAUCCUCGCCUGGGCCCCAAGCCCAUUGGAGAGCAGGGAGGGGGGCCAGUGGACCCCAACACUCAGGAACGAACCUUCCACUGUGAGAUCUGCAAUGUGCGGGUCAACUCUGAACUGCAACUCAAACAGCACAUAUCAAGUCGAAGGCACCGGGACGGCAUGGCGGGCAAGCCUAACCUCCUCAGCCGACACAAGAAGCACAGGGGAGCUGAUCUGACGUCUUCAUUCUCCUUCUCCAAGGAUCUUACCAAAUGUCUGGGUGCGGGGCUCUUGCCCAGCCCCUUGGCUGUUGCUGCAGCAAUGGCUGCUGCAGCUUCCUCGAACCAGCUGGCUCUGCGUGCAGCAGCUCCUGCGCACCACCCGCACCACCCGCACCACCCACACCAUCACCUAUUGCAAGGCCCUCCUCUCAGCCACGCCAUCCUGAGACCUGCCCCCGGCCCCAUCCGCACCACCCACGGGCCAAUCCUUUUCUCCCCUUACUGACACACCACCCUCUGACUUCGGCCAGUCAGGAGCAGCCACUCCAAAAGCACACUGUGAAGAUACAAACAUGAUCAACAAACAGCAAUUGAUAGGGGAAAAAAUCUAACCAUUUAAAUACUGAACUGCAAGGAGAAAUGCAAGGGAAAGGAGCAGCAGGAAGGAGUGGAUAUGUCUUUCUUCCCUUUACCUGAAACUCUCCCUCCAUUUUAAAGACUUCUUAAUGAUCUGCAGAUGGAAUGAGCAGAGGAGUGACUUUUUAUUAUGCAUUGAACUUCCUUGUUCAUCUCUCACCUCCCCUGGUCCCUCUCCCUUGCACUGUGGCCCUGUCAUGGCCGCCUCGAUAGCGACAAAAAAAACACAUGAACAUCUUUCAAGAAACAUUAAAACGCACAUAGUGUUAUAUAAUUAUUCUGGGCCAGGUUGUUUUUCUCCUGACAUCACGGCUCAACGUGUCGUUUCAUCCUAUGCACCUCAAAAACAAAGACAAUAAUGUUAUGUCAGUAGGGUAGCUGCUUCAAUCGGUCUUUGCUUUUUGCGCCACAUGUAGCUGUGGCGGCCUCAGCGGUACUGUACAUGUCCCCUUCAGCGCCGGAGGCGACAAUCCUUCAGUUUGUGACACUAGGUCCUCACUAGAUACAACAUGACGUGGGCUGACUGGCAGGUGGUACGGCAUCUGAACAUGUCUGAUGGUGGGGGGGUUAAAGAGAGCAGAAAAGUGACUGUGGGGGAUUGCACUCUGCUGUCAUUUCCUGAGACUGUGAGGUGAGAGGAGGGUUGGAAAGGGUGAGUGGAUGAAUUGACUCCAGGCAGCAUGCAGACACACACAAAGGCCCAAACGAAUCUGUGUUUUAAAAUAGACUGCACCAACGGGCACAUCUGCCAACCUCCAUAUCAGUCAGAGAUUGGUCUCACUAAAGGGGAAAGAGGAUGUGAGAAACAGCAGAAAUUGCACAUACUGUACUGCUGUAUAUGAUACAUGAUCCCUAUCUUUAGCUAAGAUUGUGUUUGAUGGCAAAAAUCUGUUAUUUUACUUACAGUAAUGAAAAUUACUGGAGAGCAUAGUUCAUAUAUACUUGGUCAGACAUCUUAAGCCAUCAAAAAGAAAGUGAUCGACAUCCUAACAACUCCCUGGACCUUAUUUGCAGGCUGAUUCACUGUGUAGGUGGGGAGGUUGACUUAGGUGCGACCCUGUGUACUGAUGUAUUUAUGUUGUUUCUGCAUGCUGCCUCUCAAUAAGAUCGUGCAGGGUCAGGCUUCUGCAUCAUUGGGUAGAACUCUUCCAUUGCUGCCCUAAUCUCCUCCUCAACUCCCCCAUCUACAAAGGUUCAUAUGAGUGUAUAGCACAGGGCACAUCAACACUGGCAAACAUAAUGCUCAAAGAGAACAAAUUAAAGAGAGGAAGAUGAAAGCCAAAUACAUUCUUGGAGAAAUGAUCUUGAGCUGGAGUGACAACCGAGCCAGAAGCCCGGCAAGGCCGCCAAGGGCAAGGAGCCAAGACGUCAAGCUCAAGGCAUCGACCGAUAGUUUCCGUCUCACAAAUGAAAGCCAUGAAACGCACCAUGAUUUGUUUUCUUUUACAAAGACUUGUGAGCACUUUGUUUUGUUUGGUUUGGAUUUUUGGUUUGCAUCUAUAUCACACAUGAAGAAGAGCAAAAUAGGAGACACAAUAAAAAUAUUUUUUUAGGUAGGAAAUGUUAAUAACUGCAUCCAUGAAGAAAUAAGAAGAUGGGUGGAAUUAUUGGAUGGUGUUGACUCAGACAGACUGGCAUUCAAGCAGACCGACUGAACUUAUCGGGGAGCCACAAAAGUUUGCUAAGCAGCCGCAGACCUAUCUUGCUCGACAGCUUGAAAACUUUCACCCUUUUCUGAACGAGAUGUACACUGUGCCGUUUCAUUGAGAAGCAAUGAGCUCUAAUGUCUUACCUAUGUCUGAAUAUUGCAAUGCAAUGAGCAAUUUUUAUCAGAGUGACUUGUUAUCAUUGUAACAUGUUGUGACAUGUUGUCUGGAGUCAUGUGUAAACUGGGAGCAUGAUAGCUGACAGACCUUUCAGUUCUUCCAUGAGGAGUAGGCUUCAAAUACUGGCAGGGAUUAAGAGAAAGAUAGAGGUGUAGCUGGGUUUAGGGACCGCCCUUCAUAUUAAAGGGCCUUUUUACGAUGGUAAUCUCUGCUUGGGGAACAGGGUACAACACCAGGUAUCAAGGGAUUAUAGCUAGAGUUGUUCAACAGGCUUCUUUUUUUUUUUUUUUUUGGACUUACAUUAUUUUUUUUUCUUUCUGUGUGUGUGAGAAAUGUGUUUAAGUGAAAAUCCUGAGGAACAAUAUUAAUGCCAUUACAGAAGAAGCUGGCUUGGUGUCAGCUCCCACCGUUGUGCUCUUUUUGUUGCUGAACGAAACCUUCUUUACAUAGUUCACUUAGUGAGUAGAUACUAUUCCAGGAUCCGUGCUCCUUCCUGUUGGUGUGUGUACCAUGUAUUUUAGUGUGUUUUGGGACCUGCUCUCUCCCUACUUCCCACCAAUCACAGACAGAAGCAACCCGGAGAUAUAAAGUGGCCUAACACAAUAAUGGAGACAGAAACCUGCACGUUUGAUUUCAGAAGAUUGAUCAAUUAUUUUGGAUUCUAGAAUCUUGAUCAAUGACCUAAUCAAAGUAGUGUAGUGAUCUUGUCCCUUGUAGGUCGGUCAAGUAGCAGCACCACAGAAAUGUUCAUACUGUGGUAAUUCCCACUCCCCAAUCAUCCUCAUGAUUCACAUAUGGGAAAUAAAUGUUAGUUGCCUAUUUUCUGGGCAGGUAUUUCAUGUUAGCUGUGUUUAGGCUAAUAGCCUUAGCCUUAUUCUGCCCUCAGCCUCUCUCGGCGCAGAGGGAGAGAGAGAGAUGGAGAGGCUAUGGUGUAAUUUUGUCUUGCCAAUAAAGUUAUUUUUGAAUUUCAUUGUCAGAGGGGACAAAGAGUUUGUAUGGCGAAUUGUAGCAAUACCUGACUCAUUCUGGCUACUCUUGUUUAUUGCAAUAAGAAAAUUAAACAAUAAAUGUGUAUGUGAGUAAAACAUUAUAAAUGUAAUUUAAAUGAAAAAGAAACUUUAUGGUAAAAAAGUAUUGGUAUCAAGAGAACCAUGGUGGGAAUAAAAAGUAAAUGUCAA